GUACAACCACUCUUUCAGUCUUUCCAGGCUCUCUGUUACUCAACUGGAGGCUUCAGCAGAGGCCUUUCAUCUCAAUAACAGAAGUUUACCUGAUCCAAAACAUUGGGAAGCCAUCCUACACUCCUGAUUGGCUGGUUACCUGAGACCAAACAACAUAGCUCUCUUCUGUAUGCCUGUUUUCCUGAUUUGAAAGUAAAUAUUGUGUGCAUCUGUGGUGUUGGUGGUAAGAAAAAAUCCUUAACAUGAAUAACAGGACCAUGCAGAGCAUGGCUUUACAUUCUAUGUACAAAUUGAAUAGCUAGAUGGAAUUACCAAAGAAAACAAUAAGAAUCCUAACAACAAUUACAGAAAUAAUGAAAUGAAAUAAAACAAAAACAAAAGCAAAAACAACAAUACUUUGUGGGUGCUGGAAUUUAAGGCACGUAUUAAUUUUGACCAGCUUUGUAGGUAUUUCCAAUUAAAAGCAAACAAACAAACAAACAGCCUUAUUAAAAGUGCUGCAGGUGCAGGAGAGAAAGCUGGGAGAUGUCCUGUGCUGCUGCCCCCAUGCUGUGAUUCUGCAGCAACAACUUCCUUGGAAAUAGGAACCUGUAUGCAGUGGGAUCCCUUGCUGGGCCUGUCAUCUCAAAAAGAGGGGCUUCCCUAAUCCCAAACCUUGGAAUCCAGUUGACUUCAGGCCAGGAAUGAAGUCAACCAUCAUUAGGGAAAGAGCAAGGUGAAAAUUACAUAGGAAAAAAUAUGUGCCUUAAUCAGAAAAGAUCCUCAACUUUUAAGGCCUCCACAAUAUCCACCCCUCUCUUCUGAGCUGUGUAUAGAGAUGUUGUAUAACUCCAGAUGGAAGGAAAAGGCAGAGUUCUUCCCAGAAAACUCAUACAUGAUUUUCACCCUGACAUCUGUGAGGUGAGGUGGCAUCAUAUCACAGAGUCAGCACACCCAGGAUAAGGACACAGAAGCCACAGAUGACAAUGCCAAAUGGACUCCCUCCUGAACUUAUGGACCCAUUAAAAUUGAGGUUUAGCCUAACCUUAGGCCAUUCCACUCCCUGCCCAUCCGCCUGAUUUUUAUGUUUGCUCUGAGUAAAAGAUCAGCGUGUAGCCCCAAAUAUCCUCAGGAUUGGACUUGGAAAUUCAGGAAGAACGAUAUUGGAAAAGGGAUGGCUAUGUGGUUACAAUGUGGUAACACAAGGUCCAGGUUGACGUUUGCUCGCUGAUGUCCGAUUUCACUGUCUUGUUAUAUUUGAGAAAGGGAGGAUGUCCAACUUAAUAUAUAAAAGGUACAGAAAUUUAUGCCCUGUAGUUGAUCCCUAUGUUUCAAGAAAAAAGGAGUUUUUAUUCUAAAAAAAUAAGAUAAUAGACCAUUGAUUUUGUGAAAUACAUGGAUAUGUAAAUAAAAACAAUGUCAACUGUCAAGGACUGCACAGUAAGCAAAUAUUUCCAGGUUUUAUACACUCAGAGGUCUAGAAGAAACAUAUUGGCCUCCAUAAAAAGGAAAACCUUAGGAAUCGAAAUGUGUGUCACAUGCAUUGUCUCGAGUAGUAGAUUUACUUUUAAGAAAAAACUCCCUCUUCCUUGGUCCCUAGAGAUUUGGGUGCUAAGAAAAAUCUGUUCUCUCAUUCAGGUUGUAAGCAGCCCUCCCCAGCAAAAGCACUGUUGAGUUCUAAUGAUGCACAGAGAAACAUCUAGCUUAGCAAUAGAGGUUGCCAAAUGCUAUUCCCAGUGAUGUAUGAGAGACUGGAGGAAAGGGUCCGCACAGAAAUUGAUCAAUUUUUGGAGAGCUAGUUAGCAGGUAGGUCAUAGAACUUCCCAGUGGCAUCAUCAGUAAGCCCUUCACUGGACAAUAUAUUGUAUCUAAGAGAUCCCUAGAAUCUUCUGUGAUGUCACCAGUGUUGUGGUGACACCAACUGCCUUUGGGAUAUUCCUUCAGUUCCCUUUGGGUUUACAAACAGGCAUGUUUCGCCAGCCGCUCAGGCUAUUUCAGAAGGAAAGUGUUGAUCAAGGAGAGACCACACCAAGGCUGAAGGAAGAUGACCUCCUCUCAUCUUCCUUGGAAGGAAGGAAAUCAUUCUGGGGAAGGCUUGGUUUUGGUAGGAAGGCAUCAUCCCAAAAUGUCAUCAGUAAGCAAGAGGAGUGUUUAAAGGAACUGGAGGAACUUAAAUUUGAAAUCCAGAAGUGUCAAUUUGAGAGGGAUGAAUUUUAUCAAAUCCUGGACCUUUAUAUCUAUGAUAAUUGGGACCACAGGCUGGAUGUCGAAUUGCCAAUACUUCAAUCCGAACAUGAGAUGAGAAUGAUGGCUAUGCAAAUGAUGACCAGUUCAAUAAGUGAGGCCAUGGAGAGGUACAAGGAGCUCAUACAAGUGAACAGUUCCUACCGCAUCAGGCACUCCCAGCUUCUGCGUGAACAAACUCAAUUGAAGAACAAUAUACAGAUUUUGCUGAAUGAGAAGAGCGAACUGCUGGUGGAGCAGACUGAACGGCCAGCAUCCUGUGUGGAGGCAAAGAGGCUCUGUGAAGAGGCCGGAAUGAACAUCUGUGUCCCCAGUGCAAAUGAACAGCAGGUCUGAAAUUCUCCAGGAGAAACUCGAACAAGACACAAACCAGGGCAAGAUCUCCCUUGGAGAGAAGUGCUACAGGAGGAGAACUAAGUGUGCACAGCAAAUACACCACUAUUGCAUCUCAUCUGUAAUGUCCAUAGCAAUUGUGAACUGCAUUUUCCUCCUUUAGUUUUAUUUCUUUGGAUUGAAUAGGCCGUACUUUCACCUCCCCACCCUCCAGCAAGUGUAAACUUUUGGAGGGACUCAGAGAAGUGCUGAUGCACAUCAAUCAAGAGGUGCUGGUCAUCCAGAAAGACUGUGCACGUGUAAAUGUGUACUUGUCCUGGUGGGUCAUCCAGAAGAGUUUCAUGGAGAUCAGUUCACAACAUUGGACAGACUUUGAGAUAAAGUCUGUAAUAUCAUUUCUACUCAGUAUUGGAUGGCUUUGUCCUUAAUACCCCCACUCCAACAAAACAGACCUACUUCCACUCCUCUUGGAAAGAUUAUUACCAUCAGUAACUGCUUGUCUACUGUGUCUCCAAGGAAAGACACAGGCUAUAAAUCUAUUCUGCAGAAGGAGCAGCAAAAAAUGCUUAGCGCAGCUCCUCUAUUUAAAGUGUGGCUGAGUUUUGAUUAUUUUGGUUAUUUGGUUUUUCUCCUAUUCAUUUGAAGUUUUGUUAUUUAUGUGUUGUUGUUUUGUUCAUUUGGUUUUCUAUUUUGAUAAGGAUAUAGACUGUAUAUAUUGACAACCUGCAUCUGGUUACUAUCAUGUAAAUUGGAUGUAUCCUGGUGAAAAAAAGAGUAAUCUCAAACUCUUCACUCUUAAGAACCUUCUUUAUUGAUCAUUAGUGUCAACAUCUGAAGUCGCACAGCUAUCAGGGAGGGAUGGAUCUCUGCAUUCUCAUGGGGACUGGGCAUCAAAAUCACUUCCCAGUCAGACUGAGAUUCAAAGGCAAUUAUACAGUCACUGUUCACUGUGUUCCAAACUCUGUGAAUUUCAACUUCAUAUUGCAUAUAUUACCCACUGUGUAUGCUUACUGUCAAAUAUAUAGUUACCUCUAAAUUA